AUAACAGAAGAAAACUCUUGAUAUACAAACUUGAACGCCCAUUACUACUGGUCCCUCCUCUCCCUCUCCCUCUCUCUCUCCCGCCACAGCCCGUACCUACGAGCUUCCCUCCAAUGGCUUCCUCAUCAUUACUCACGCCCGCGCCUCUGUCCGUACAAGUUCACCGGUGCUCCUCUUCACAUUCUCACUCCCACCAGGUGCUUUGCUGCAUUGGUUUAACAACGUCAUUUCUCAAGAAAUGGGAUGUUGCGGGGAUGUUGUGGAGGCCAAAGCCGUUCGGUUCGAACAAUCAUACGGAUUGGAAGAAAAGGAGAACUUUGAUCUGUGUAGCAAAUCAAGAUGCUGAAGAAGCAUUCAAAAAGACUGUAGAAGUGGAUAGGCUGAUAGACAAACUGAGGGAUUCAAAUCCAAUUGAACUUCAGAAGCUUGUUGUUCAAAAUGUACUGGCUUUUAAUGAGGGUUUUUGGAUACGGCUUGCGGCAAGAACUGAUACCUGUAAAUCGGAGGAUGAUAAAAAAGACUACGAGGAGUUGGCAAUAUCUAUUAUGAGCAUAGUGGAUCGCCUUGUCCAUAAGACUAAUGAAAAGAUAGAUUCAGCUACUGAUGUCCUCAAAGGGGUUCUGAAACCUGUAGUGGAUGAUGUAGAAGAAAUUCGAUGGCCCCCUAGAGAUCCUGAAGCUCUUAAGUUAAUGGAGAAAGAAAUAUUCCACAGGGAGCAAGAAGGGCAACUAGAUGAAGGCUUUCUUGCAGAAGUUAAUGCACAACUACGACAAGCGAAAGGAGAUGGGGAUAAGCCAGGGUUUGAGGCUAUGUUACAAAAGGUUUUGCAGCUCUAUGCUUCUACUGUUCUAUCUAAACGUAGCUAUGCAAAGAAAGGGGAUGAAAUUCUGAAGCCCGAGAAGCUUCUUGAAACCAUAAUCAAAGCUCCUGAGGAAGAAUGGAACAAGCUGCUGAUCAAUGGAUUGACAAUUGGCAAAGGGGAAGUUUCUCCGCAGGAACUCUAUGCUGUCAUUAAGAAAAGGGUUGAGCGGACUCUGAUCCGAACAGAGGGUGGUUCAUACCAGCAGCGUAUUCUUACGGAGUAUUUGAAUGGAAUCCAAUCCAGAGCGGAGCAAAUUGUCCAAGUACUUCAGGGCAAUCUGUAGUAGUACAUGUUCAUGAUUUGAAAAUAUGAACUUGAAGAUUGGGCAUCACAAGGGAUUACCGGUAUGCUACAUUCCCAAAGUUAAGACGAACGAUUAAGUUAGAUGUGAAUACCAUGUCAGGUAAUGAUCUAAUGCAUACAUAAUGGUCACAAUACUUGUUCUACUAAGUAUCUUUCUAUGUUAAAGAAAUUUUAUCCAAUUUAGCACUUUUUCUGUC